GUUGCUUCGUUCCCUCGUCGAUAAUAAGUUGCUUUGUCUGGUCGUAGCUCAUGAAGUUGCGUAGCUCAUGAGCUCAGCAAUUUCUGCUUCUUCACAGGAUUCCCUCACGAAACCGGCGAUUUCUGUUUUAUUUUUUAAUUUGGCGAACUUCAAUCUGUGUACGGUGUUAUAUGGAAGGAAAUAGGAGACGCUCUUACCAUCUCUUUUGUAUCAUUUUGCGUACUGGGUUCACUCGCUGAGGAUUCGAAUUUGCAAUGGCUUUCCGGUUGGACCCUCACGAUGUCUCCGCCUUCAAAUUCUUGUUGUUCAUGGCGGUCUUGUACGGCCUCUUGUCGAUGCUGGCUUAUUCUGUCACUCAUAUGAAGUUUAUCAAGCCACUUGAAUUGGACGCGCCUGUCAAUCGCUUUUCAGAAGCCAGAGCGAUCGAACAUGUGCGAGUCUUGUCGAAAGAGAUCGAUGGACGUCAAGAAGGACGUCCUGGAUUGAGGAAAGCUGCUGAAUAUAUCAAGGGUCAGUUAGAAGUAAUAAAGGAGCGAGCUAGGUCCAGUGUCAGAAUUGAGAUUGAGGAAACCACUGUAAAUGGCUCCUUUACUAUGAUCUUUUUGCGGCAUGGCAUAGCUCUGGGAUACAGGAACCAUACAAACAUUAUAAUGAGGAUAUCAUCUAAAGAUUCAGAAGACACUGAUCCAUCAGUUUUAGUGAAUGGGCAUUUUGAUAGUCCACUUGGUUCCCCAGGCGCUGGAGAUUGUGGUUCAUGUGUUGCAUCAAUGCUGGAAUUGGCACGGCUAAUUGUGGACUCUAGUUGGGCUCCAACCCGCCCUGUUAUUUUCCUCUUUAAUGGUGCUGAGGAACUCUUCAUGUUGGGUGCACAUGGAUUCAUGAAGACGCAUAAGUGGCAUGAUACAAUUGGAGCUGUUAUAAAUGUGGAGGCAUCUGGGACAGGAGGACCUGAUUUAGUUUGCCAAUCUGGACCUGGUUCUUGGGCCUCUAAUGUCUAUGCCGAAGCAGCAAUAUACCCUAUGGCUAACAGUGCAGCUCAGGAUGUUUUCCCUGUUAUUCCUGGAGAUACAGAUUACCGGAUAUUUUCUCAAGACUACGGAAAUAUUCCUGGGCUCGACAUCAUCUUUCUUCUUGGUGGUUAUUUUUACCAUACCUCCUAUGAUACAAUAGAGAGAUUGAUACCUGGAAGCAUUCAGGCACGUGGUGACAAUUUGUUCAGCAUAAUCAAAGCUUUUGUUAAUUCCUCUAAGCUAAGAAAUAUCUAUCAAACAAAUUCCAGUGAAGUUACUGCAAGCACAUAUGAAGAUAAGCGGGCAGUUUUCUUUGACUAUCUCUCAUGGUUUAUGAUAUCCUAUUCCAGAAGAGUAGCUUGGAUUCUUCACAGUGUUCCUAUCUUCAUCUUCUUUAUCAUGACUUUCUUCCUGAUGCGUAGUCGGUCACGCUCAUGGUCAACAACUUUUUGUGAUUUUAUGAAAGGCUUUCUAAUUCAUACUGUAGGGAUUUUAUUGGGGAUUGUUUUUCCAAUCAUAUUUUCUUUAAUUAAAGUUCAGUUCUCUCCUCAGCCAAUGAAUUGGUUUGCACGUCCGUACUUGGCUUUCGUGAUGUACGUACCCGGCUCACUUAUUGGUCUUCUAAUUCCCAGAAUUGUUUGGAGACACUUUCCCCUGACUCAAGACAUUUUAGUGGCCAAGACGUCAAAAGAGGCACUAUCUGAUGAAGGAAGGUUCUGGGGAGCAUUUGGAUUUUAUGCUGUAUUAACUGUGGCUUACCUAGGAGCUGGAUUGAAUGGAGGUUUCUUAACUUUUGUGACAUCAACUUUCAUGCUUCCUGCAUGGAUGUCGUUCUGCUUAUCAGUGAAGUCCUAUGGACGCCAAUCUGUCAGGUCAACAAUGUUUUACAUGAUGCCUCUGGUUCCAUGCCUUGCAUACUCUGUUUAUUUUGGUGGCUUUUUAUCUGAGUUUGUAAUUGAAAAAAUGGGAAUGAUGGGUGCUCUUCCUCUGCCAUGGGGGGAAUAUGUUCCUGACUUUGUUGUAGCUUCGCUAAUUGGAAUCAUAACUGGUUGGUGCUUGGGUCCUCUAUUGCCUAUUUGUGGCCGUUGGUUAGCAAGAAAAUCUAUCUUGCAAUUUUUGUUGCAUCUUAGUGUGCUUGCAUUGGCAAUGUCAUCUCAAUUCUUUCCUUACAGCAUUUCCGCACCUAAGAGGGUUGUUUUUCAACAUACUUUUCAUACAACAGGCUCAAGUGAGAUCGUGGAAGCCACUUAUGAUUUUUCUGUGGUGGAUUCCAAUUCUUUACUUUUCCUUUUCAGACAUGCGCCUGAAGUAGCAAGGGAGUUGGAAGUUCCUUCUGAGUUUUCAUUUCAACCUGCAAUGAUGUCUAAACGCCAAAAUUGGAUGGCACUUUUUCCUGUUUCUUUUCUCUUUUCAAAUAGCCUGAAAUUCCCUGCUAAAGGGGAUGAGAUUUUGGAGAAGUAUGAAUUUUUUCCCAAGUUGUCUGUUCAGAAGUCUUAUUCUAACUCUACAAGUGGAAUGAAGAGAGUUUACUUGGAGCUUUCUUUAGGUUCCUUAGAAGAGGUCUGGGUUGCUGUUCUCAACAUCACUGGUCCUUUAUCCAGUUGGUCAUUUGCGGAUAAUGUUCUUCCAGCAACUGAAACGGCUGAUGGCGGCCCACCUUCAUAUAUAUUGCGACUUAGUGGAGCCAGUGACGAGAAUUGGAACUUCUGGUUGGAGGCUAAUGACUCUCAAGCAUUAAGAGUGGACCUCGCAGUAUUAGACCAAAAAUUGGUUGAACCAGCAAAGAGAUUGAAGGGUCUUUUCCCAGAGUGGGUUGAUGUCGUUGCCUAUUCUAGUUUUUUGUCAAGUUAUACAUUUCAAGUUCUUUAGGCAAGCCCUAUAUUGUAUGUGUACUAUUGGCAUCAGAAUUAUUCGGUGAUCAGUUUUGUAUACGGUGGUGACUGGUGAAUCAUAGUCUUGUAAAGGGUAAAAAUUGUGAAAUUCAUCGUUGCCUUGCUCUCAAA